CUCAGACUGGGUACCACCAUAGUGAGAAGCCCGCGGUCGUGAUGGACUGAACCACCCAGGGACUCUUUUAGGUGGAAAAAAUCAAAGGAGCCCAGGGCAGACGCAGAUUCUUGUCAGUCCAUCUGACCUUCUUCAUAUACUUUGACCGUUGCUGAGGAUCCUCAGGAAAAUUAAACUACCACCGUCCUUGUGAGGGUUUGAACUAGGGCUGCAACAACGAAUCGAUAAAAUCGAUAAAAUUCGAUUAUUAAAAAAGUUGGCAACGAAUUUAUUAUCGAUUCGUUGUGUCGCGCGACUAUUACGUCACAUGUUGAGCGGGCGCAGCUGAGCAGAGAGAAAAAGUUGAGCGCGCCGCGCAGCAGAGCAGAGCUGACGAGAAAGAAAAUAAAAGAACAGAGCGGAGUUAACAUUAGAGGAAAGACCAUCAGAGAGACCCGUAACAGUGUUCUGAAACAUGGCGGAGGCAGAGAAAUCAGUACGACCUAAAUCAUCCAAGGUGUGGGAAUAUUUCACACUAAAUAAAUCAAAAAAGUGUGUUAAUUGCAAGAUAUGCAAAAGCGACAUGGCCUGGCACGGGAGCACCACGGUGAUGAUGCAGCACCUAAAACGAAAACAUGUUGGAGUUCUUGAUGAGGAAGGGAGUUCAACAGCAGGAAAAAAACAGCAAACCAUGAGAGGCUUCUUGAUGGGAAAUGCUUCAUGUACACCACAGCAAGCUGCUGUCUUGACAGAUAGUAUCCUCAACAUGCUUGUCACUGACAUGAGGCCGCUGUCGAUGGUUGAAGAUGAGGGCUUCACUAAAAUGAUCCACACCUUGAACCCUGGUUACACUCUGCCCUCCAGGACCCACUUUACAAAGCUCAUGGAGAGAAAAUAUGAAGAAACAUUCAAGAAAGUGAAGACUGCAAUAAACACCAACAACAGCAAACUUGCUCUCACCACUGAUUUUUGGACAAGUGUAGCAACUGAAGCGUACCUUGGUGUCACAUGCCACUACAUCACAGAUGACUGGGACAUGCAGUCAAUCUCCCUCACCACCAUGCCACUGCAGGACAGACAUACUGCAUCUAACAUUGCAGAGUGGUUGGAGCAGGUAGUAGACAGAUUUGAAAUUCCUCCAAGCAAAAUCAUUGCCAUAGUCCAUGACAAUGGUGCUAACAUUGUUGCUGCGGCAAAUAUCCUGGAGGAGAAGCAUGGGUGGUCCUCUGUCCGUUGCACUGGCCAUACUUUGCAACUUGUGAUCAACGCUGCGUUGAAGAAUCCAAGCAUUGAAAAAGCUGUUGGGGCUGCAAGAUGUCUGGUAGAACAUUUUAAGAAAAGUGAGCUAGCCUGCAGUAAGCUCAGAGAGAAACAACAACAAAUGAACACACCUGAGCACAGCCUUGUCCAAGACGUAAGCACCAGGUGGAAUAGCACAUUCUACAUGAUAAGCCGACUGCUUGAGCAAAGGUGGCCUGUAACAGCAACACUGUCUGACAGCUCUGUCACACAGAGAGGCAAAAGGUACCUAGAUCUGAAACCAGACCAGUGGAGUCUGCUGGAAGAGCUUUCAACAGUCCUCAAGGCUUUUGAAUGUGCCACUGUGUUCAUGAGUGGACAGAAAUAUGCAACAAUAUCUACAAUACCUCCACUUGUGAAGGGGCUGUUGAAGUCCACCCAGAGUGCUGUCUACGAGUCAGCCACGCUGCGGGCUUUUCAACUCACUGCUGUGCAGCAGUUGCAGGAGAGAUGGAAAAGGGAGACUACUUUCUCAGCGCACCAAACACAGUGAUUCUUGCGAUGGUCCUUGACCCAAGGUUUAGGAAACUGAACAAGUUUCUUUCACCUGAUGAAGUCCUACGUGUUCAAACUAAAGUGCAAACAAUGGUACUUGAAGAGAGAAGGAAGAUGGAUGGGCAGCAGCAUGGCAGUUGCAGUGUUACCUCCACCGAUACUACAGCUACUGAAUCAACGCCUCAAGCCACUCUACUUGACUCACUCCUUGGUUCUGAUGGUGAAGAAGAUGAUAAAGCAGGCCAAGCUGAGGAUGUCCACACUCAAGUGAGGAAAGAAGUUCUUACAUACCUUGAAGAAAAAAGCCUUGCCAAGGAAGAAAACCCAUUACUGUGGUGGAAGACUAACAAUGACAGAUAUCCCAUGUUGGCCAGGCUAGCCAAGUCUUAUCUAUGCAUCCCUGCCACCUCAACACCAUCUGAACGGCUGUUUUCUGCAGCAGGAAACAUAGCCUCCAAGAAAAGAGCCAGCCUGAGCCAGGAGCAUGUGGACAUGCUAACAUUUUUGCAUUGCAAUGCAAAAUGUCUGAACAAAGAGAGUGAGAGAGAGUGUGUGUGUGUGUGAGAGAGAGAGAGUUUGAGUCUGAGUGUAGUAGUGUAGCAGAUAAGUUCAGACGUUCAAACAAAUGCGGUUAUGUUUUCAGAUUUGUACUUUUUUUUAUUUGUUAUAAAUUUAUUGUUCCUAAGACAGCUCAAGUGCCUUUAAACAAAAAUCUAAAUCUUUUUGUGCACUUUAAAAAAGCCUAUAUAUUUAAUUUGGCAGAUGUAAAGUAUACCUGAGAUGUGUAUAUGUUUUUUGUGUUAGUCCAUUUUUUUUUUUUUUUACUUUAACAGCUCAGGGAUGUUCAAGGAGCAAUCUGUUUGUGCACUUUCUAAAUAUGUUUUGCACUGUCAGUUAUAUUUUUCAAUAAAGGGUUGAAAAUUAA